UAGUUGUCACUUAUGUAUAUCGGUAUUCGAAUUAUAUUUCAAACCCAUACAAAAUUGUAGGAAAGUUAAAUUCUUAAAAGACGACUUCUGUGGACAUACUUACCAAGCUGUGUAGAAUUGCAAAAUGGAAAAGAUGCUGGCCCACAGGAUGCAGCUAUGGAGGACGACCAACACGGCGGUGGCCCUUCAAUCCAUCACUGGCCGUUGGGCCGCACAGAACUCCAGCGUGGGCAGAAGAGAUCUCCACCAGCAGAGGUUCAUUCGUGGCAGCCCCCUGCCGCUGGCAGUCAGUGGGAAAUGGCUGAAUCCCCACCAGUUGCGCUUUGCCAGCGGAGGAGCAGCUGCAGCAGCAGCGGGAGUUAACACAGCACCCGGCGGGGAAUUCAUGCAGGCUGUAUCCACCACGAAACUGGUUGACCUUCCCGACAUACCAGCGGCCCCGACGCCCCCUGUCCUGGGCACAAAUGGAAUCGACGUUAUGGAGGCGGUCAAUGCGGCGGGAGAGCCCACCUUCGCCUCGAUAGGAUUGGGCGGCUGGUCGCCAAUUGGCAUUGUCCAGAACUGCAUGGAGUUCCUGCACUGCACCUGGGACCUGCCCUGGUGGGGAGCCAUCGCCAUCGGAACCCUUGUGGUGCGCACUAUUAUCUUCCCGCUGGUCAUCGUGGCGCAACGGAACUCGGCCAAGAUGAACAACAAUAUGCCGCAGAUGCAGAUGCUCCAGCUGAAGAUGACCGAGGCCAGGCAGUCGGGCAAUGCCAUCGAAUCGGCGCGUUAUGCCCAGGAAAUGAUGCUGUUCAUGAAGGAAAAGGGCGUCAAUCCUCUGAAGAACAUGGUAGUGCCAUUGGCUCAGGCGCCGCUCUUCAUCAGCUUCUUCAUGGGCCUGCGACAGAUGGCCAAUACGCCGGUGGACUCUAUGCGUGACGGAGGCCUCUUCUGGUUCACCGAUCUGACGCUGGCGGAUCCCUACUACCUACUGCCCAUGAUCACCAGUGCCACGCUGUACCUGACCAUUGAAAUCGGCACGGAUUCGGCGCGCUUAUCCGCCGCCAACAUGAACACCAUGAAGUAUGUCCUGAGAGCCCUGCCCAUCGUCAUCUUUCCCUUUACGAUGAACUUCCCCGCCGCCAUCCUGACCUACUGGGCCUGCAGUAACUUUAUAUCGCUAGGUCAGGUGGCUCUGCUGCGGAUACCCUCUGUGCGGGAUUACUUCAAGAUUGAGAAGAUGCAGACGCACAAGCCAAGCGCCCUGCCUCCAAAGAAGGGAUUCGUUGGUGGCAUGAAGGAGUCCUGGGACAACAUGAAGAUCACCAAGGAGAUCGAGGAACGGCAACGCCUGGACGAGAUCAGGUUUGCCAAGGCGGGCAAGGGUCCGCUGGUCAAGACCUUCAAAUACGAUCCCACCAAGAUCACAAAGACCGCUACCGCGGAGCCGCACAUGCGUUUAAAGGAGCCGCCCAAUGAGCAGCGAUAGUGUUUGACCGCCGGAGCUGUGUCCUGUUACGUUAACUUAACCCAUUUAGCCCAUAGUAAACCCCCUGUAAACUUUGAAAGUUUUGCUGCUAAAAAAAUAUAUAAAAUUUAAAAAACCAAAA